UUUAACCCUCGUUAAAGACUUGCCGACGCAAAUUUCUCACGCCGAGUAGAGCAGCUGUAUCACCGGCCAUCGCCGGUUUUUCGUCCCUCUCUUCUCCGUUUUUCUGAAACAUGGCGCUGCUGACUCCUCUCUUCGCUUUCCUCUAUCAUUUACCGCAGGUUUAUAAAUGGCUCCUGAAACCGUACUACGUAGCGUCCUUGUUUAUGUCGGUAGCUUUCCUGCUCGUCCGCAAGACCCCCGGAAUCUGCGAACAUCUUUCGACGCAGAGGGAGGACGGGAACCCCUGCGACUUCGACUGGAGGGAAGUGGAGAUACUGAUGUUUCUGAGCGCUAUAGUCAUGAUGAAGAAUAGAAGAGCAAUAACGGUUGAGCAGCAUGUGGGGAACAUCAUUCUCUUCUGCAAAGUGGCGAAUGUGAUUCUGUUCUUCAGACUGGAUAUUCGCAUGGGACUGCUCUAUCUGACCCUGUGCAUUGUGUUCCUCAUGACCUGCAAGCCUCCCCUCUACAUGGGCCCGGAGUACAUCAAGUACUUCAGCGAUAAGACCAUAGACGAAGAGCUGGAGAGAGACAGUCGUGUGACAUGGAUUGUGGAGUUCUUCGCUAACUGGUCUCCAGAGUGCCAGUCUUUUGCUUCAGUCUAUGCCGAUCUGUCCCUGAAGUACAACUGUGCUGGGCUGAAAUUUGGUAAAGUGGACAUUGGGCGCUAUGGUGAAGUGUCUAAGAAGUAUAAGGUUAGCACAUCUCCUCUCUCCAAGCAGCUGCCCUCCUUGGUGCUGUUUCAGGGGGGUAAAGAAGUCAUGAGACGCCCUCAAGUGGACAAGAAAGGAAGAGCAGUGUCUUGGAGCUUCACUGAGGAGAACAUCAUCAGAGAGUUUAACCUAAACGAGUUGUAUCAGAAAUCGAAGAAGCUCAAUAAGACCAAAGGAGAGAAGAGUGAGAAGCUGAAUGAAUCGCACUUCCCCCCUGUGCCUGAGGAGGAGGAGCCGGAGUCCCAGGAGGUCGAGAAAGAGACCAAGAAGGACAAAUAGAAUGUUCCGGCUGGUGAGCACUGUGACAUCACUGUGGAACUGAACGGUUUUAUGCAAAUAACUCUGAUUGAUGUGCAGUGCAGAAAGUUCCAUGGCAACAAACGCUUGAAAUUUUCAGUAACAUAAUCAGUUUAACUACAGAAUCAGCCAAGCUAAGUCUUACCUUAAUUUACACUGAAAAAACACUCACUACCGCUGUUUAAUAGCUCACAGCCAUUCAGCUACUGUUGAGACGUGAAGACGGGCGUUGUACUGAUGCUUUUCCUGUUGACAGUGUUUUCAUAAUUUAACCAAAUUAAACAUUUCGUAGUUCCUACCUCUGAAGAAGUUAAUGAUGAUAGGGUAGUAAUAUAUAGACUGGAGGGGGCGUUUAACUCAUUCUUGCCUACUGUUGGCAUCCUAAUCUUCAUUCCAAUUUUUUUUUAAUUUUUAAUAAUCAUUCCUAUUUUACCUUUUCUUCUUUUGCUAGUCUUGAAGUAAUUUACGAAUGUGUUUGUCUUGUAUAAUAUUGCUUUUCUUGUACUAGCACCAAGUGAUGGUCUCAACAAUAAAGGGAUGAACUGUAAGCUGCAGAUGUACAGUUCCUUUAUGGAAGCUUCUUAUCAGAAGAAUUUUCAGUGCAGAACAUCACUGUUAGUGUUAGUAUCUUGUAAGAGUUUUAUUACAAGGCAGUAUGAGCACAACACCAGUGCUAUAUAUUGACAUUCUCAGACACACACAACUUCCUUAUUACUUUCCUAUUGCAAUCUGUGUUGUCUUAAUUAUGUUUUGUUACUUUAGUACUUACACUAAGGAUGUUUCUGUCUUGGUUUGGACCUGUGGGGUUUUCUUUUUUUUUAAUAUAUAUAUUGCAUUUGGACACUGAUACUGCUCAGCAAAGCAAACUGCUGUCACUGUUCGCUACUUUCCUUUGGGUCUCUGUGUAUCCGUGGAAGUCAGUGUUAUUAGCUAUGAUGCCUAACUGGACCUAACUUUCAGUUACAUUGCCCAGAGCAGGACUGUACUGUGCAUGUGCCCUAGUGAAUGACUGAGGUUUCGGAUGAAUAUUUUUGUCAAGCCAAUAAAAAUGUAAAAGAAGUGUUGAAAAAAA